AUAGAAAAUACCUGUUGGACCAUGUAAUCCCAUCACUCAUUUUCACUUGUUUUUUUAAUUACCUUAUUGUAAGAAAAGAGCUUGGUUUAUCCGACAGUGUCCAUCAAACACAGAAGCACACGCUUCUGUGUGAUCCUGUUAUGGUCCUGUACAACUCAUCUUCUGCUCUGUCUUCAGAAAAGGGUCUUUGAUCCCACCAAAGAUAAGCCUUUUAGAAUCUUUUAGAGUAGAACACAGUGACUGAGAUAAAGAUUUACAUAUAUUUAUCUCUAUUUUGCAUUUUUGUAUGUUUUUUUCUCUGUUUGUAAAUUUUAAAAAAAAAAUGUGCUCAUCAAGAUGAUCAGGGUGGUAUCUUAAUCUACUGAUGAAAUGAUGAUCAUAUUUCAUAACGAGUAGUCCAUUUUGUUUUUUUACUUUUAUUAAGUAAAGUAUAAAUAGAUGCUUAGUUUAAUAUGAGAUGAAAAUGAAAACACAAACUCUUGGAUUAGAGAGCCUUCAAAGCAUAAGAAAUAAUAAUAAAUGUAAGUGUUCACGUGAGGUUUCUUUUUUUGCUUCCUGAUUCAUAAACUUAAUUUUAAACAAAAACUUCACCAUAUAAUAGCUGAAGCCCAUUUACCAAAAUGAGAAAUAAUGCCCUUUUUUCGGACUCAUCCUAAUUAACUGAACCAGAAGCAAAUUCAAAUUGAGAGUAGAGAAAAGAGUUUUCGGACUUUUCUUUUCUAAAUUCAAAUUUUGUCGUUUAGAACAAAAUUCAGAAUUAAAAAAGAAAGUUCAAGCCAAACGCUAUUUAAUUAUUUAAUUUAACUAUUUAAUAAAAUAAAAGAACAAACUCAUCAGCCAAGUACCAACUACCUAUUACCAUUAUAGCCCAUCUAAUUUGAUGGCACAAAACAUAGAAAGCAAGCUACACAAAGCCCAAGAAACUGACACAUGAGAAGUUGAUCUUUGUUGAGAGAGAGAGAAAGAGGGUUUGUUUGUUGUUUGGACAGGAAAACCCAAUGCAAUGCAAGCUGGUGUACCGUGUAGUGAGUCGUAGAUACCUGUCGGUUUUAAGUCUUAGCUAGCGUUAUGAGAAAUCACUUUCUCUAGUGGGUAUUAGGAUCAGCUCUCUCUCUCUCUAGCUGUGUUUAUAAUAGUAGGGAAGACUAGGGGCAUGGCUGUAGCUACUCGUAGGAGCAUCACAGUUCUUCAUGCAGCAGCCUGUGUAGUGUACCUAAAUUGCCAAGUGUUUGAUGAAACAACAAAACGAGAAAAGGCAGUGAGAAAGAAAAAGACUUCUUAUUGGAGUGGUUUGGUUGGUUGAUGGAGCACAGUACUAGCUUCUUGUUUCUCGAGCCCCGCCGUUUGUAAUCGUAUUUGUCGCUCGUGCACUUUAAAUUAAAAACCAAUUCUCAACUCAAACACCAAAACCCAGAUCUCGAGGCUCUCGUCUUAUCCCGCAGCCGACACCUGUUGCAGAGUCUAAGUCCAUACUCCUCCACACCUUUGUUUGGCCUCUAUCAAAAACUCUCUCCUUUCCUUCUUCCGCCAUUUUCUCUUAUAAACUGGUCACCCUCUCUCAUUACCUGUAUUGGGUUCAGUACAAAGUACUUGAACAGAGCUUGGCCAUAUUUUAAUAUUUGACUAUUUGAGCAAGCAAAGUGUGAAACUGGUCUUUCUACGUAUUGCAUUAACAUUUGCCACAAAUUUUGGUGGGUCGGUGAUAUUAUUGUAUAUUAGCUCUUGCUUUGGCAUUUAGCUCGAGGGAGCAAAACUCGGUCCGUGAGUUGUGGCUUUGGUGACUACAAAGGGUUUCAACUUUCAACUAUUAUUCUUUGAGAUUGACUGGAAAGAGUGUUAGCAGAAUUGGUUUUUGAUGUGUAAUACUUAGCUUAAGAUCAAGACAUGCUGAGCUCUUAUGAAGGAGAAAAUGAUAUGUUCUUCGACUCGCAGGAGUUUUUGUCAUCUGAAGAGUCAAGCGUGGCUCAGGAAGAGUUGAGUAGUAGUAACUUGGAGUAUGAAAUUUGGUUUAGUGAGCCGAGUAGUGUUGAGGAAAGAAGGAAAAUCUUUCUAACACAGAUGGGUUUAGCUGAAUUUACUUCUAAAAGUAAUAGUUCUCGAGAGGUGGAAAUUGAGGUCGAUAGCUCAUCUAAGAUAAUGGCGAGGGACAGACUAGUUGAGUGUGGUGGAACUGUUUCUCGUGGUUCUAUGUUUUCUGUUAGUCACAUUGAGGAAACUUUGGAUUGUUGUAGAGGGGAAGAGAGUGGUGAAGCAAAUUCUUUGUCUAAUGUGCUACACCAAAAAGAAGAUCAUAGUAUAGUUUUAGCUGUAGAGUCUCCACCUAAAGAAGCUGAAGUUCAUGUAGAAUGUCAUACUCUUAAUGAUGAUACCAAAAAAGUGAAGAGUUGGUGGAAGCGUUUUGUAAAUAAGAGCAAGGGAAGAGUCAGUAGAGUGGCGUGUGAUGCCUCAAAAUCAGUAAUGCAAACUACUAAAGCAUCAAAGCUGAAGGUGAUUCAUAACAAGAAGAUGUGCUUAGAGUUCACGGCCCCUGUCAUUGGACAAGAAAUCCGUGCUCAUGAGGGCUUCAUUUGUUCGAUGAAGUUUAGUCCAGAUGGUCAGUUUCUUGCAAGUGGCGGUGAAGAUGGAGUUGUACGGGUUUGGCGUGUAAUGACAAUGGCAUCUUCUGAUUAUUUAUCAGCUAAAGGAAGCUUUUGUAGUAAACUGAAGGAAGGGAAAUCCAGUUUUCAAAGGAAACAUCCAAUCCGUGCCUCUGUUAUCUUUCCUGAGAACAUUUUUCGGAUUGAUGAGACCCCAGUACAUGAGUUUUAUGGUCACUCUAGUGAUGUGUUAGACCUGGCUUGGUCCAAUUCAAAUUGUAUUAUUUCAUCCUCCAAGGAUAAAACUGUUCGACUUUGGCAAUUGGGUCGCAAAGAUUGUCUCAACAAGUUCGAGCACAAUAAUUAUGUUACCUGCAUCCAGUUCAAUCCUCUAGAUGACAAUUACUUCAUCAGUGGCUCCAUUGAUGGAAAAGUUCGAAUCUGGGGAUUAUCGGAGAAGCGAGUUGUUGAUUGGACUGAUGUCCGAGAUGUGAUCACUGCUAUAAGUUACCAACCUGAUGGAAAAGGGUUUAUAGUUGGCUCCAUCACUGGCACUUGCCGUACCUAUCGAACAUCAGGCGAAUGUCUUAUGUUGGAUUCACAGAUACACAUUCCCGGUAAAAAGAAAGCUUCAGGCAAUAAAAUAACUGGCAUCAAGUUCUCCCAGGAUAAAAGUCAAAGUGUUAUGAUAUCUUCAGAGGACUCCAAACUUCGCAUAUUUGAUGGGGUUGAUCUUACUCAUAAAUAUAAAGGUCUUCCCAAGUCAGGAAGUCAAGUCUCAGCUUCUUUUACUUCGAGUGAGAGGCACAUAAUAUCCGUCGGAGAAGAUUCUCAUGUAUAUAUCUGGAACCAUGAUGCCUUGUCUGCUCCUUCGUCGAAACAAACAAAAUCCGUUCGAUCUUGUGAGCAUUUCUUUCACGACGGUGUGUCUGUUGCCAUUCCAUGGUCAGGAAUGGGAACAGAACAGAACAACUUGAGCAAUGCACAGGACCACCUAGAAACGACAUCAUGGACCAGAGAUUCAGAGCGUUUUUCUCUUGGUAGUUGGUUUUCCAUAGACGGGACAUGUAAGGGAUCUGCAACUUGGCCUGAGGAGAAACUUCCUUUGUGGGAUAUCUCAUUCACAGAAGACCAUGAUAGUUUGCAGCAACACCACCAUAACCCCACAGCUAUAUCAGAAACAUGGGGGCUUGUUAUAGUAACAGCCGGAUUAGAUGGAACAAUAAGGACAUUCCAUAACUAUGGAUUGCCUGUCAGACUCUAAGCUCAUCGUUCUGUGUUAUCGGAUUUAAUAUCAACAUUUCUGCUGAACAGAAUGUGUUGUGUAUGUAUGUACAUUUUCAUACUUGUUCAUAUAAACUAGGCAGUUCUCUUGGUAUCCUGCCAAGGAGAUAGGACUACAAUUUUGUUUCUUAUUUUCUCCUCUUUUGUGAAGAAUAGUUUAAUGUAUAUGAGAAUACAGAAAAAGUAAAAUACAAUUUAUUAUUUUAUUUUAUUUUGAAAGGGAAUUAUUAUA